UAGCCAUGGAAAAGACAGCGACGACAUCACCUACGGCAGCGUCGCCAGCUCCAUCCUCGCCCAAGGCCUCGCCGGUCACACCCAGCGCCAUACCUGUUGAUGUUGCCCCGCAGCCCAAGCGCCGCGGCCGUCCUCCCAAAGUUCGUGACCCGGACGAGACGGAACAAGAAGUGAAGCGUCCUCGGGGCCGCCCGCGCAACUCGGACAAACCCACAGCGUCGUGGUGUGCCGAGAGCGUCAAACUACUCUUCUACCUACGCUACGACUCGGACUUGCGACAGAAAUUUGACGAAAAGGAUAACCGUGCAAAGCGUACAGGGUACGAAAUGCUCGCGUCGACGCUCAGCGACAAGAUGGGCCGCAAGUUCGACAAUGCCCAAGUCCAACAGAAGCUGUCCCAACUCAACAUGGUGUGGUCGAAGCUCGACCCCAAGGACGACUCCAACCGUCCCCAGCACUGGGAAGUCAUGAACGAAUACUGGGGCCCCGAUGGCAAGUUCCCACAGCAUCAACUUCCUGCUACGGUUCCCAAGCGGGAUUCCACCGACUCGGACACAACUCCCGCGGUGUCGGCGGUCUUGUCGUCCAGCUUUCUUGAAGCCGUUGUGCCCCCUGUACACGUUCCCCACAACAAACUUCGCCGGAUCUUGUCGAAGCAAGCCGAAUCGGAAGAUUCAUCGGCCGCCUCCUUCGAUGUGCAUUCGUCAGUCGCCGUCCCAUCUUCUGCUGCUGCGCACUCCCACGAAAACUCGAUCGGGGACCACUCCGCAUUGGUCACGGGUUUCAUGGCCGUGAAAGACGGCCUUGUCGCGAUUUCGACGGCAAUUGCCGGACACAUCAAGGAGGACAAGAUGGACAUGUUGAUUGGUGCUGUUGCCAAGCAGACCCGCGCGAUCGAAGAACAGUCGAAACAGCUCGCGUCUCUCGUGACCCUGUUGUCCGCUCAGCCCGGUGUGUCGCUCGCCGUAGAACCGGCGUCCCCCGAUCAUUAACUCCAUCUCGUGCAAAUACACCCACAGUGUUUGUGUUUUUGCCUCGUUGUCGACUUGAUGCCGUCA